AUGCAGUUUGACCAGGAGAAAAAGCCGGCAGAGUCGCCGUCGCGCUCCCUCGAGCAUGCGACCGAUGUCGACCGCCCGGUCUACGGUGACGAUGCACCAGUCGAGUGCCCCCCUCACACUACGGAGUCCAAGCUCAUCACCAAGAUCGACUUUCGCGUGAUCCCGUUCUUGUGUGUCAUGUACCUAUUGGCCUUCCUCGACCGAGUGAACAUUGCCAACGCAAACGUCUUUGGUCUGUCCGACGAACUGGGCCUCAGCGGCACCCUUUACAACAACGCCCUCGUUGUCUUCUUCGUGCCCUACGUCCUCCUCGAGAUCCCUUCCAACAUUCUCCUCAAGAAGUUCAAGCCCCAUGUCUGGCUUAGUAUCAAUAUGUUCGGCUUUGGCCUCGUCACGAUGCUUCAAGGCUUCGUGCAAAACUACGCCGGUCUUUGCACGACACGCUUCUUCCUGGGUGUUUUCGAGACGGGCAUGUUUCCAGGAGCGUUCUACCUCAUCGGCAUGUGGUACCGCCGCCACGAGGCCCAGCGCCGCUAUUCAUUCUUUUUCAACAGCACCACACUCGCUGGCGCCUUUGGCGGUCUCCUUGCAGCAGCGAUUGGCAAGAUGGGCGGCAUCCGUGGCUACGCGGGGUGGCGUUGGAUUUUCAUCCUAGAGGGUCUCUUGACCCUCAUCGUCAGCAUCUUUUUCUUCUUCUGCUUGCCCGACUUUCCCGAGGAUGUCAAGUGGCUUACCGAUGACGAGAAGGCCUUCGUCUCAGCGCGCCUGCGCGCUGACCAGGGCAGCUCCGCUGCUGAGCGCAGCAUCACCGUGCGCGACGUCGGACGCAUCUUCAAAGACUACAAAGUCAUUCUCGGUGGCUUUAUGUAUUUCGGCCUCAUCGUCCCGGCUUAUGGAUACGCAUACUUCGCGCCGGGUAUCUUCCAGACUUACGGAUAUGGCAGCAUUCAGACGCAGUUGCAUAGCGUGCCUCCUUGGGUUGUGGCCUUUUUCUUCUCGAUGACUAUCGCUUUCAUCUCAGACAAGACACGACAUCGAUUCGGUUUUGCGAUUAUCGCAAUCUGCGUGGCUAUCACUGGUUUCGCGAUUCUCAUUUCCGUCCACGACAACACGCCUCUGCAGACUUUCGGUCUGUACGCUGUAGCAUCAGGCAGUUAUACGGCAAUGCCCAUCAUCGGUUAG